AUGGCUUUAAUGCCAUCAUUCCUUCUUGAAACAGUAGGCAAUCCAGCCAAAAAUCUAUACUGUGAACACUUUAUUCACUGCAUAACUGGACUGGUACCUGGUAACAAUUACACACUGAGGGUUAUUGCUCUGGCUGGAGAUAAUGUUACGGAAGGGGAUGCAGUGACAAUCUCAAGAUUUACAAAGCCUGAUAUCAUUGCCAAUUUGACUACCAGUGCCAUCACCACAACAUCCAUAGCCCUUAGUUGGAGUGCACCAAAUGGCAAUGCCAUUGGCUACAGGGUUGAAACAAUAGGCAAUCCAGCCAAAAAUCUAACUGUGAACACUUUAUUCACUGGCAUAACUGGACUGGUACCUGGUAACAAUUACACACUGAGGGUUAUUGCUCUGGCUGGAGAUAAUGUUACGGAAGGGGAUGCAGUGACAAUCUCAAGAUUUACAAAGCCUGAUAUCAUUGCCAAUUUGACUACCAGUGCCAUCACCACAACAUCCAUAGCCCUUAGUUGGAGUGCACCAAAUGGCAAUGCCAUUGGCUACAGGGUUGAAACAAUAGGCAAUCCAGCCAAAAAUCUAACUGUGAACACUUUAUUCACUGGCAUAACUGGACUGGUACCUGGUAACAAUUACACACUGAGGGUUAUUGCUCUGGCUGGAGAUAAUGUUACGGAAGGGGAUGCAGUGACAAUCUCAAGAUUUACAAAGCCUGAUAUCAUUGCCAAUUUGACUACCAGUGCCAUCACCACAACAUCCAUAGCCCUUAGUUGGAGUGCACCAAAUGGCAAUGCCAUUGGCUACAGGGUUGAAACAAUAGGCAAUCCAGCCAAAAAUCUAACUGUGAACACUUUAUUCACUGGCAUAACUGGACUGGUACCUGGUAACAAUUACACACUGAGGGUUAUUGCUCUGGCUGGAGAUAAUGUUACGGAAGGGGAUGCAGUGACAAUCUCAAGAUUUACAAAGCCUGAUAUCAUUGCCAAUUUGACUACCAGUGCCAUCACCACAACAUCCAUAGCCCUUAGUUGGAGUGCACCAAAUGGCAAUGCCAUUGGCUACAGGGUUGAAACAAUAGGCAAUCCAGCCAAAAAUCUAACUGUGAACACUUUAUUCACUGGCAUAACUGGACUGGUACCUGGUAACAAUUACACACUGAGGGUUAUUGCUCUGGCUGGAGAUAAUGUUACGGAAGGGGAUGCAGUGACAAUCUCAAGAUUUACAAAGCCUGAUAUCAUUGCCAAUUUGACUACCAGUGCCAUCACCACAACAUCCAUAGCCCUUAGUUGGAGUGCACCAAAUGGCAAUGCCAUUGGCUACAGGGUUGAAACAAUAGGCAAUCCAGCCAAAAAUCUAACUGUGAACACUUUAUUCACUGGCAUAACUGGACUGGUACCUGGUAACAAUUACACACUGAGGGUUAUUGCUCUGGCUGGAGAUAAUGUUACGGAAGGGGAUGCAGUGACAAUCUCAAGAUUUACAAAGCCUGAUAUCAUUGCCAAUUUGACUACCAGUGCCAUCACCACAACAUCCAUAGCCCUUAGUUGGAGUGCACCAAAUGGCAAUGCCAUUGGCUACAGGGUUGAAACAAUAGGCAAUCCAGCCAAAAAUCUAACUGUGAACACUUUAUUCACUGGCAUAACUGGACUGGUACCUGGUAACAAUUACACACUGAGGGUUAUUGCUCUGGCUGGAGAUAAUGUUACGGAAGGGGAUGCAGUGACAAUCUCAAGAUUUACAAAGCCUGAUAUCAUUGCCAAUUUGACUACCAGUGCCAUCACCACAACAUCCAUAGCCCUUAGUUGGAGUGCACCAAAUGGCAAUGCCAUUGGCUACAGGGUUGAAACAAUAGGCAAUCCAGCCAAAAAUCUAACUGUGAACACUUUAUUCACUGGCAUAACUGGACUGGUACCUGGUAACAAUUACACACUGAGGGUUAUUGCUCUGGCUGGAGAUAAUGUUACGGAAGGGGAUGCAGUGACAAUCUCAAGAUUUACAAAGCCUGAUGAUGUUACCAGCUUGACUGCUAACACCAUCACCAGAACAUACAUAACCCUCAGCUGGAGUGCACCUCGAGGACAUGCACAAGUAUACAGGGUUGAAGCAAUAGGAACUCCAAACAAAACUGUUACAGUGGACACUUUAUUCGCUAAUAUCACUGGGCUUCUCCCUCUUAGCAAUUACACCCUGAGGGUCAUCGCUCUGGCUGCAGACAGGGUAACAGGAGGAGACACAGUAACAAUAGUGACAUUUACAAGUGGGCUGGAUGCUACUCUGAGAAUGCAGUUAUCUGUUUCUGCAUCAGCCACAAAAGAAGAAAAGGAACUGGAAAGCAUUAUUUUACCAAAGAUAAAAAGGUAUAUUGAGCAGUAUCUUGCAGACAACAGGUUUACUUUAAAUUGGAAAGGACUAAGAAGAAAAGUUAAUUGAGCCUCAACAAACAUUACAGCACUGGACAGUCGCAGGAAAACCAUUACUUCACUAUCAGAGUGCCAAGAAAAUACACAUGGACAAUUUAUUUUAUUGAUCUCUUACUCUAUGUUUUCAAACUGUUCACUUUAAUUUCUAUUUUUAAUAUAAUAAUAUAAUUCAUGUUGUAACACUAACAUGGAGGGUUCUGUCUAUCUUAAUAACCUAAAAAGAGGCGAAUUUUAAAAACGCCAAACCAGACUGAAUGCAU